AUGGCGGCACGUUCACCGCCCUCGCCGCUCCCUCCGCCCCAGGCGCGACAGUCGGGCCCCUGGUCCCCGCAUGUUGGGCAGGAAGUCAAGGUCCAUGCAGUGUGCAGCGAGGCCUUGGGUCUUGCAGGCGCUGCACGGGAGGUCGUCGCGGGCAAAAGGGAUGUCCCCUGGCGGGGUGAAGAGGGAUCGGGGGGCCGGCGAGGGGGCGCGGCGGCGGCUCAGGCUCCCCUCCUCAGCGCGCCCAUGGCGUCCGGGCGGCUUGAGGGCAUCUCGGUAGAGGAGGCGAUGGCGACCCGGACGCAGCUGCUGGAGGAAGAGCUGAGCAGCCUAAAGGAGGAGCUGGCUCUGUGUCAGGCUGAUAAAGAAUUUGUUUGGUCUUUGUGGAAACGUCUCCAGGUGACAAACCCAGAUCUCACACAAGCAGUCAGUUUGGUUGUGGAAAGAGAAAAACAGAAAGCUGAAGCUAAAGAUAGAAAAAUUCUUGAAAUUUUGCAAGUCAAGGAUGCCAAAAUACAAGAACUAGAACAGAGAGAAUCAGGACUAAAACAAGAAAUAAAUGACCUUGUAAAACGGAAGAUUGCAAUAGAUGAAGCAAAUGCUUUCUUAAGGAAUGAAUUCAGUGACUUGCAGAAGAAAUUUAAAGAUAAAAGUCAUGAACUUAAGGACGCUAAGGAGUGUGUACAGAAUAAGGAAGAGCAAAACAGGCUGGUUAUAAAAAAUCUGGAGGAGGAAAAUGAGAAAUUAAGUACACACUGUGCUGACCUGCUAAAUGACCUGGAGAAACUGAGGAAGCAGGAAGCACAUUGGAGAAAAGAAAAACAUAGCACUGAUGCAAAAAUAAAGGCAUUUGAAGAUAAUUUAAUUGAAGCAAGGAAGGAAAUUGAAGUAUCACAGAGUAAAUACAAUGCUCUGUUAUUACAACUGAAUAAUAAACAAUCUGAACUUAUCCAGAAAGAUAUGGAUAUUACCCUGGUAAAGAAGGAGCUUCAGGAGCUGCAGAAUCUUUACAAGCAGAAUAGUGCACAUACAGCCCAGCAAGCAGAGCUGAUCCAGCAGCUUCAGGUUCUCAACAUGGACACACAAAAAGUACUGAGAAAUCAGGAAGAUGUUCACACAGCUGAAAGUAUAUCAUAUCAAAAAGUAUGCUUUUAUUCUGUCAUAAAAAUGUAA